AUGAUGAGGGUUUUCAAGAAGACCAGCAAAAGCGGAGGGCUGACCCUCUACCUGGGGAAGAGAGACUAUGUGGACCACGUGGACAAAGUGGACAAAGUUGAUGGUGUUGUAAAGCUGGACACAGCAGAAUUUGGAGACAGGAAAGUGUUUGUGCAGCUGGCAUGUGCCUUUCGUUACGGCAGCGAUGACCUGGAUGUGAUGGGCCUGUGCUUCAGGAAGGAUAUCUGGAUCCAGCACGUCCAGAUCUACCCUGAUAACCAGAAGCCCGCUCUGAGCCCCAUGCAUGAGACUCUGUUGACGAAGGCGGGAGACAACUCACAACCUUUCUCUUUUGAGAUCCCCAACAACCUGCCAUGCUCAGUCGCUUUGCAGCCUGGACCAGAUGACAAGGGAAAGGCUUGUGGCGUUGACUUUGAGGUCAAAGUUUACCUUGCCAGUGAAAAGUGCAACCCUGAUGAGAAGGUUGACAAGAAGGACACAGCUCGCCUUAUCAUUCGUAAAAUCCAGUAUGCCCCCUCUCAGGUGGGCGCCGGGCCCAAGGCUGACCUCUGCAAAAGCUUCAUGAUGUCCGACAAGCCCGUUCACGUAGAAGCUUCAAUGGAAAAAGAUCUCUACUUCCACGGUGAAUCAAUCCCAAUCAAAAUCAAAAUCAACAACGAGAGCAACAAAACAGUCAAGAAAUUCAAAAUCACUGUGGACCAAACCACAGACAUCGUCCUCUACUCAGCAGACAAAUACACCAAAGCUGUACUCACCCAAGAGUUUGGAGAGACAGUGGAGUCCGGCGGCACCUACGAGAACACGCUGACCAUCACCCCCGUGCUGUCUGAAAACAAGGAGAAGAGGGGGCUCGCACUGGACGGACGACUGAAGGAUGAGGACACUAACUUGGCCUCCACCACUAUGCUGCGGCCGGGUGUAGAAAAAGAUGUGUUGGGAAUCUUGGUUUCCUACAAGAUUAAAAUUAACCUCAUGGUGGCCGGAGGAGGUCUGCUGGGUGGCCUUACUGCCAGCGACGUCACAGUGGAGCUGCCAUUAAAUCUCAUGCACCCCAAACCUGAAGAGUAAAGACUGCACAUCUGC